GCAGGCUAAUUUAUUCAUUCUCUCGUCUCGUGAUAUCAACGUCUUCUGCUUGAGAUAUUUCGUGAUAUUAUGGCUUGUGUGACUGUUGGAUUGAAGCGUCCGCUGGAGUUCGACUCUCUUCAUACGCCUACUCGUCCACUAAAACGACGUCGGUUUGCUGCAGCCCUAAUAAGCAGCAGCGGUUCAGCAGAGAAUUGCUCAGACGUCAUUAACGUCACGAGAUCUAAUCCGUUUGCUGAAGUGAAGGGUAGAUUCACCCCUGAUGAUAUUGCCGCCAGUAUUCGUGAUGAAGUCAAGCGCCUGCACAAGCGAAAGCAGCUGCACUCGUCGCCUGCAGAAGCACGCUUAUCACCGGAUAACUUGAUCUGUGAUGCCUCUCCUCCGCAUUAUGCUUUUUCAUUAGACAGCCCUCUUCAUUCCGCCUUGGAUUCUGGAUCUGCAACCUCUCCAAAUGCUAGUAAAGACAAACCCAUCUUCACUAUGCAUCAGGUCGGACUCAUCUGCGAACGAAUCUUGAAGGAGCGCGAAGCUGCGAUCAGUUCUGAGUACAAUCAAGUUCUUGCCGAGAAAUUAGCGGAGCAGUAUGAAACUUUCGUGAAAUUCACCUAUGAUCAGAUACAGCAGAAGUACGAAUGUGCUGCGGCUCCAAGCUAUGUAUACAACUGUGAAAAGAUGACAACGAAAAGUAAGGAGGAUUCCAGGUUGGAAUCCGAAAUCGAACGCGGUCGUGAAGAGUCCGACUGGAAGCGCGUUAUUGAACUUGCCAAACUUCGUCGCGCGAAAUAUUCAGAAAAGGAUGUGCUUGCUUCGUUCCUUUUGGGCGAAGGCCUGUUGGAAAUCUACCUUGAGGAAAACGCCCCUGUGGAAGAAAAUUGUGCUACAGCGAAAAAGAAACUAGCGGAGGCGAAAAGUUUGCUUCAUGACGCGAGCAGCGAACCCGGGAUCGCAUUGGAUGCUAAGCUGUUAUUAGCCAAAGUUCACUACGCCGAAGGGAAUCACAAGGAAGUUUUGGCCUUGUAUUCUCAAGCUGGCUUGGAAAACUUGAGCGAGAGGCGUCUUCCACUGCGUUCCCUUCGUAUGAUUGCGGAGGCCUAUGCAAUUAGAGCUCUUUGCACAGAAGCUUUGCCGCCAGGAUCCACUAGUAAAUUCCGUGGCUCGGAGCGUCAAGAACAAGUAAUAUCAUGGUACGAAAAAGCUAGCGACUUGGCCCUGUUAUACAUUCAAGAAGCAAGUUACGCUUCGGAAAACCGUGCGAACGCGGGUCAAGUCUCAUCAAGUGCUACCUCAGACCCGACUGCGUCAGCUGAUCGCAGCUCAAAAGCAAUCCUGGGUUUGAUUUUGGAGAAAGCCGUUCAACGUGGACCCAUUGUUUUGCUGGCAUCUGGCCAUUACCAACGUGCCGUUGCGAGGUACAGGGCAUUGUUGACCGCUGUUGAACCGCCGACUGCGGGUGCGAGCAGUGGAGGUGCUCAACGCCAGCUCAGAAUAGCUCUGUUGAAUAGUUUCGCGGAAGUGUUGAUUCGAGGGGAUUCUCCAGCUUCCUAUCGACCUCCGCAAGGAACGCUAGAAAGAACCACGGCGAAAGCGAAUGAAUACACGCCGUGGAUGCCAAAAAGGUACAAGAAUCCGAACAUGUUCGUUCCGAACGAUUAUUUCGAAGAAGUCAUCCUCACGCUGUCUAUUGCCGAAGCCAUGGCCGUACGUGAAGCGGUGCUCAGUCAAUCUCCGGAUCACACGGACGCUCGACAAGCCGCCUUCAAAACGGCAUUUUCAGUCUACGAUCUCCUCAUAAUGGUCAUGUCUCGUUGGCGAGAAUUCGGCGUUCUGUCCGAAUUUCUCGAACGUGCCAUGAAGUUUUCUUUUGACGAACCGUAUCCUUGGUGGCAGUUUGCCUUGUGUUUGGUGAACGUUGGCGGUUCCAAGACGCUGCGUUCCGUGCGUGCCAUGGAAGAGGUGGUUAGAAUGCAGCCGAAUCGUCCGUUGCCGUAUCUCUUGGUUGGAAGGAUUUGUUUAGAACAGCUGGGAUUACACCUAGACGGUCUAGAGUGGACAAAUAAGGCUAUUGAACGAAUAGAAAACGACGAAGAUGAUGAAUAUUACGAGGAGUGUUUAUGUCUGCGCAGUCGAGCUUAUACGUUGAGGGGGAUUGCCAACUACGUGCUAUGGAAACGCCAAACGGUGCCGGAAAAGAGGAAGAAAAUCAAAGGCGAGGCAGAAAUGGCCUUCAAAGAAGCCACAUCCGCGGAUCCCGGAGACCAUCUCCCCAUUUUUUACCUGGCCCUUCUUGCUGCCCAAUCCCGAAAACUAACGGAAGCCAUGAAGCUCGUUAAAAGUGCCUUGUCCCGGCGCAAUGCUCACCAGCCAUCACUGCAUCUCCUUGCCCUGAUUUUAUCCGCCACGAAAGAAUAUACGGAGUCGUUAUUCUUGACUGAAGCAACGCUGAAAGAGUAUCCGACCUCGCUUCCGCUGCUUUACUUGAAAGCCACUUUGGAAGAAAAGGUCAGAGGUGGAGAAGCUGCUUUAAUGACGGCCAAGGAAAUGUUGGCACAAUGGAGAGCAGUUUUUGAAGACCAGCAACAGGCUGCUGUAGAGUCGUCUGGACAGAAUUCUUCCAGUCCGCAAUUCAACCACGAAGACUCUGGAUUAGACUCAUUGUCAUAUUCUGGGGAUACUUUGGACAAGGAUAAUGCUUCCAUCAGUGGAAGCGUUGCAGUGGUGAGUCAAGUGGAAGUUGCCCUGUCGGAAGUGGCGUCAUCGCUCUCAAGCUAUCAACCGAAGCCAGGUCCACAAGGAAUUUGGAUGAUACAGGUUCAAGUCUGGCUCCUAACCGCAGAACUUUAUUUGCGUAUGAAUCAACACGAAUCCGCGCUAAACUGUGUGACAGAAGCUUCAGUCAUCAUGCCACUUAGUCAUUCGACCCUGUGUACUCGUGGGCUAGUUCAUCAAGCUCGUGGAGAACUCCAAGAAGCCAAGCACUGUUUCCUCAACGCUAUUGCCAUGAAUCCUUUCCAUGUCCGGAGUAUGGAACACUUGGGGUUGGUCUAUCUAGCCCUGGGCAGCCCCAGGUUAGCGGAACAGGUUUUGAGAGAAGCUGUGGUUCUGGAUCCGAUGGAUCAUGCCGUGUGGAAUGCACUGGGUCGGGUUUUGGACAAUGUGGGAGAGCAUGAAGCAGCUGCGGAUUGUUUAGCUUCGGCGUUGGAUUUGGAGAGUUCUGCCCCAGUGCUUCCGUUUUCAACUGUGCCGCUUUAUAGAGUAUUUCGAACAAAAGUUAUGAGUCAUCCGGAUCGAUACGAUCGUGAGCGUCGUGCGAAUCGUUCGCGUAGCCGAGAAUCGCGCGGACCACGACAACAUGACGACAACGAGCCCCGUCACAGUGACGAUCGCAGACGUCACUACGACCGUCGACACAGAGAGCACGGACGGACGAGUCGAGACGAAGAUCGUGGCAGUUCUAGACGAGCCAGGGAGAAGGAGGAGAAGGAAGAGGAAGUUCAGAGGAAGAAAAGGGAGGAAGAAGAAGCGAAAAAGCCAAAGGGGAUUUGUCUGACGCUGAAACCUACUGCCGCGUCAACGGGGAAAAGCCAAGACUCGUCUAAAUUACUCGCACCCAAAGCUCUCUCGGUUGCCAAAGCAUUUGGCGACGAUUCAGAUGAGGAAGACGAGGAAAUGCCCGCUGAAGCAAAGAUGCGAAUGAAAAAUCGUGGCAGGUUCACCCCAACGUCAGCUGGCCCGAAUUCAUACGGGAAAACCAAAGAAGGAUUUUCGGACAGGAAAGCUCUUUUCGAACGCGAUCUGGAAAACAAAGCGAAGCGGUUUUCCUGAAUUACGUUUCUGGAAGAUGAGAAAUCACAAGAUUCCGUGAUGCUGGAAGAUUUUUUUGCGUGUGUUUGUGUGUGCGCGCCAUGUAUAAACAAACAUUUUUAUUAUCACA